AACAGUCCCCUACACUCGCAACACCACUCGACCCCCAGAUGAACGACUCGAUUUGAUGAUCCACGAGAUAUUAUCUGCAUCUUCAUCGCCUCAUAUACACCAAUCUUUCUGUUCACCAUGUCUCUCUGUCGGGUUGCUCACCCUUCGGUGACAUCAUCUCAGAUGCUCUUCAGAUUCAUCUCCAAGCCAUCGAACACUGGAUGCACUCACUCACUACGGUCCUUCUCUUCAUACCAAAAUGUCCACCGGACCUCGUCUCGACGGGACAUGCAAACAGCGACCGCCUACAGACCACACACUCUUGACCAGUUCCCGCCUCCUCGAAACACCGGCUCUGCAGACACCUCUAUCUCCGCUGACCUCCCAUCCAUGAGAGACGCACCCAACUAUCCCGCUAGCCAGCAGAGCAAUGUCAGCAUGAGAGAAUCUGAGGCGCAGAAACCGAAGCCAACUACGUCUUCCGCUGCCACCCCGUCUACUUCACAGACUACGAAGCCCCGGCGGUCAAAACUGCGCCCGAGGAAGGCGGCGAUGAAACUGACGCCAACGGCCAUCUCCCAGCUCAAGCAGCUCCUCGACCAGCCAGAGCCCAAGCUCAUUAGGGUGGGUGUCAAGAACAGGGGUUGUUCUGGCCUGUCCUACCACCUCGAAUUUGUGGAGAAACCGGGACCUUUCGAUGAAGUCGUGGAACAAGACGGCGUGAAGGUUCUGAUCGACAGCAAAGCGCUGUUUAGCAUCAUCGGCAGUGAAAUGGACUGGCAGGAGGACAAGCUGAGUCGGAGAUUCGUCUUCCGAAACCCGAAUAUAAAGGAACAAUGUGGAUGCGGCGAGUCCUUCAUGGUCUAAAGUGAUGUACAUACAUAUAAUCAUUUCCAUGGGUGCAUUGGGCGGCGUUUGGAGGAACAUUGAUUUCGGUCCCACGAUUGUUUUGUGUCGAAAAGCGACAUAACCGACUUAAACUACCAGAAUAUACCCGUCUCCUUUCUUUCCGUUAGUCCGACCAAUCUAUUCAGCGCUUCCGCCAGA